AGGCGGACAAUUCAACAUAAUGGAGCCAAAAGCUUCUAUAACUGAGAUGUCCACACAAAGAAAGAACAAUCCUCAAUAGCCGAGACGAUCCUGAUGGGCUACCACGUGGUGGCUAUUCCGUAUCCGGGACGCGGCCAUAUCAACCCUCUUUUGAACCUCUUCAACUCCCUUGUCUCCGACGACGGCAUCCUCGUCACUUUCGUCGUCACGGAGGAGUGGCUCCGCCUCCUCGCUGCUGAGCCCCGGCCCCGUUGCGUCCGCUUUGCCUCUAUCCCCAAUGUAUUGCCCUCCGAGACCCUCCGAGCGGCCGAUUUCCCCGGCUUUAUCGAAGCCGUCAAUACGAAGAUGGUGGCUCCGGUGGAUCAGAUACUCGACGGCCUCGAGUCUCCGCCGAAUCUAAUAAUCGCCGACGGUUGCCUUACUUGGGCGGUGAAGAUGGGCAAUCGCAGGGAUAUUCCGGUGGCUUUGCUUUGGCCGAUGUCGGCGACUAUGCUCACUGCCAUGUUUCACUUCCAUCUUCUCGAGCACAACGGCCAUUUCCCCGUCGACCUCUCCGAGAGAGGGAUAGAACGAGUGGAGUAUCUCCCCGGACUUUCUUCAACCUCGCUGUCCGAGAUUCUUGGAGGUUUCGGCGGAAACUAUAGUUAUACUUUGUCCACGUUUCGAGAAGCCAUCUCUUUCACACCUAAAGCCAACUACCUCUUGCUCUCUACCCUCCACGAGCUCGAGAACCUUGCCAUUGAAUCCCUCAAGUCGGAGUUCUCAAUCCUUGUUCACCCCGUCGGGCUUCUCCUACCACCUCUUAGUCCUGCACCUGAUAAUCUCAAACCCGAGUACACCAGAUGGCUCGAUCAGCGACAAGAAAACUCGGUUUUGUAUGUGUCUUUGGGCAGUUUCCUUUAUGUUUCAGAGGAACAAAUGGGGGAGAUAGUGGCCGGUUUGGUGGGGAGUGGAGUGAGUUUCAUGUUGGUGGCCCGGUCUAAGGCAAAACGGCUGAGAGAAGCUUGUGGUGAAGGGUUGGUUGUGGAGUGGUGCGACCAGCUGGGGGUACUCUCCCAUGCUUCCGUUGGUGGUUUCUUGAGCCACUGCGGGUGGAAUUCUGUCAAAGAAGGUAUAUUAUGUGGGGUCCCGUUCUUGACGUUUCCCAUAGCGGCGGACCAGUUCCUGAACGGGAAAAUGAUUGUGGAGGAGUGGAAGAUGGGAUGGAGACUGAGGAAGGAGACAAGCAGGGACUGCGUGGUUAUGCGAGAUGAGAUUGCAGCGAUUGCGAGAGGGUUCAUGAAUGGAGAAGACGGACGUGUUAAGGAUAUGAGAAACAGAGGCAGAGAGCUCAGCCUAGUUCUCCGCAACCGCAUUGUCCAAUCCCCCCAAAGUAACAUCAUCAAAGCCUUCCUCCAGAGAGUAGACCUGACUUGAGAAGAAAACAAAAUAUGUAACAUGUGUUUCUUGAUGGAGAUUUGGACAUUUACCGUGGUCUGGUCCAUUGUUUCUCUGGAUCUCGUUGAUGAGUCUUGCGUAACAUUACCAUGUAAUCUUUUUACGUCGUAUUGUGGAUUCGGAUUCCAAAAAACUAUAGUGUCAAUCAUUGGCCCAACAAAGAAUGCGGAGUCUGUAUA